CACAAUGGUAAUAUAAACGAUUUAUAAACAAUUUUCUUAUGUAGACGAGAUGAGCUUCUUAAGUACAGACUUUUUGAAACUUAGAAGAGUUUUUGUAACAAAUACAGUCGAAGAUAUAAUAAAUUUGAAUCCAGCUGAACUAUGACUUCAAAGGAACGAGAGAAUUUCUUACGGAAUGCCAUUUUAGUUGUUGAUCAUUCUAAAGCUGCUCUGGUGUCUUUAGUAGAACUGGAUGUGCAAAAUAAAGGCCAGACGUUUGAACAGUUUGUUAUUACUAAUCAACAUGAAAUAUAUCAUUUAUAUAAUAGUUCAAGAUGUUGUCGAUGCCCAACAGGACAUUUUCCGCCUCGUUCACCUCGUAUACUGCAUCAAUCACAAAUGGAAUUGUUGUUCGACCGAUCGUCAUUAAAGUUACCAUGUCAUAAUUCGGUCAGACGGUCAGAUGACUUCUGUUGCAGCAUUGCUAGGUCAGGUCUAAGUACUGAUGUACUUGACCUAACCUUAGCCAGAUGUUUAUUAGUCAAUUUGUGCAGCGAUGUAUUCUGGUUUAGCUGUCUCCAGUUCCAAUCUAUAACUUUUGAAGAUUUUCUAAACCAAAACAAGCACGAACUGUAUCAUCUCUGGCAGUAUAAUGCACCCUGUUGUCAAUGUCCACCAGGCUACACAUUUCCAACUAACUAUUCAAAGUUGGAUCAAAAUGACUGGAUGAAGAUGUUCAAUGCUGUCCUACUGCCUUGCGCUAACCAUAGAAAGAGACCGAAUCCGGGGAAUACGCAAAGUAUUUGUUCCGUUGCAGCGGCACCUGGUAUAGCAUCAAUAAAUCUAGACCCAUCGUUCUCAUCAGAAACCAGGACUACGGCCAUGCUAAGGAAGGUAUAA